GAUGACAGCAGCGGAGAUACGCUGCGUUUUGAGUCGAUAUCCAGGAUAGAUAAACUAAUGCGAACGCCAGAAGACGAAUUUAACCGGAGAGAUGAGUGUCCGACCGUUAGAAUCUCUGCCUCCAACGGAAACCCUAGAAAUUGAGAAUGGGCUCUCACUGAUGCCGCGCAUUAAGCUCACGCUCACGGUCUACCCGGUACUUCCAUCUGUCUCGAAACCGAUCGACGAGUGGAAGCUGAAGCGGGCACUCAAUGAGUUCCUUAGGACUUCCCUCUCAGUUCCCGUCACUAUUCCUGAGGAGGACCUCGUGAUCCGCCGUGUUAAAGAUAUCAAGAAGCGCAAGCGCGAGGACCCUGUGGCUCACGGCACUCUAUGCAUUCGUGACUUGGGGUUUCUCAACAGUCGUAGAAGAAGAAACAGUGAACAUGAUGUUGGAGAUGGAGAGGAUGUGAAGGUUUUGGAGAGGAAGUUCUUGGAUUGGAGAAAGCAACUCGUGGAAAAAAUGGAUGGAAUUGAGCUGAAUCUUGAAGGAAUUAAGUAUACGCUCCAUGUUGCAGUACCAAAAUCUGAUGAUUUUGAAGGGAUGAAGAAAGAAUGGGAAGAGUUGUACUCGUUUAGAAAUAGAGGAUAUUCAAGGGAUGGGAGGCAAGAGCCGGAUACAAUUGUGUUGCGAGGGAUGCCAUCGCGGUGGUUUGCAGAGCCUAGGGUUUCAUCGAAGCCUUCGAUGUUGGUUACACAUACAAUCUUAUCUACAUUUGGGAAGAUAAGGAAUAUUAAUGUUGCCGAGGAGGAUGAUCCUGGUAAAGAUGCAGAUGAAGACAUUGGUGUUAUAAUUUCAGGUCUUCACUGUAAGAUUGUGGUUCAGUUUGAGAAAUAUCAGGAUUUCUAUAAUGCUCUUAGGGUGCUAUGCUGCCGCUCAUUACAGAAGCAAGGAACUCGAUUAAAGUCUGAUUAUGAGGUCACUUGGGACAAGGAUGGCUUUUUCCGCAAUUCAAGAAGUCAUGUUCAAGAAAAGAGCAGCAGGAUGCCUGCAAUAGGAGCAGGACUGUAUGGGAAUCAGGCUUCUAGACAUGAGCCACACAAUCCUCAGUCAACUUAUGAGGAUACUCGCAGGAAGAGGUUUAAGGAAUAGGGAUGUUGAUUCGCAUUGAAAGACCUUUUUGGGCUGGGGUUGGAAGUAUGAAAGACGAGUUCUCAUAAGUCAACAGUCAAUAACCCUACAUCAGUGUUCAUAAUCAAUGGAUAUCCGACGUGCUGAUGGAUUAGGGGUUAAUAUGAUAGACAAUUUUUGUGGGUCUGUGGCAGCAUUGAUCUUGAUUAUUAUCACUUGUGGUUCUUGGAUUGAUAACCCUUCCAUAGUUUACUUGGCAAGAGAAACAUCAAACAUCAUGAGAGAUUACUAGCUAUCAUUUAAAGUGUAGGGUUAAAUAACUUUUCGUUGGAUACCCAAGUUUUAACAUUACAUAAUACAUAUGCUAGUCUAUCAUAUAAAGUGUAGGGUUAAAUAACUUUUCUUUGGAUACCCAAGUUUUUGAUUGUGAGCUGUCAGACGUUCAUUUCAUCAUGAAUAAUAAUGGAGUGCAUUGGAAGUUC